GCGCAUCAAAACACCGCGCACAAAAACACACAAAAGCGAUCAGCAGGACGUGCGCGUGUCUUGUAUAUUUUGAUUAUUCAAAGUAAACCUCAUGCUCGAAAAAUCUCAUGGAAGCAUACGUAAAAUUGGAAUGGUCGAAGCAGAACCGGCGCAGCGAGCAGCGGCUGUUGGAUUACUUUGCAAUCGAUUUUUCCCAAUACGAGGAGGACAUUUUCAACCUGCACAUCAACGAAACGGACACAGUUCAUCAACUGGGCGACACCUUCCGGGAUGACGAUGGUCACGGAACGGUGUUGGAAUAUCCAGUUGAUCCCCGCACCGGACAGCAGGUAAAACAGCUGGAAGUUGACACAAUCAGCAGAAAGGCUUUGUAUGAUGAUUUCCCCAGUGGUUCGCGAUUAACCCGGGCCCAACAUCAGCACUGCUUGAGAGUAUUAAACCGGAUGAAUAUGAGAUUGGGGUUCGACAGUGCUGAGGAUCGGGAGGCACUGCGGAAGUACCAGGCUCUCCAAAAGACGUUGGAUAGAGAGGUGGAAUUGUUUGGAAGCUUUGUUAAAAACUAUUUCAAUAACAACUUGGUGUGUCGAAAAAGCUCGAUUGACAAGGAUUUGGAUGAUUUGGUUGUUGCUAUAUGGAAGGGUAAAGUAGGAAAGACAUUGACGGAUAUAGGAAACCAAAAGUAUAUGUUAACGACGGCAGUAAUAUGGCUUAACUAUAAGAAGAAUGAGAAAAACAUCCGGUUUGAUCCUGUGACCGAGGAUGGGUUAGAACUUGGAGUCGUGAAGAACAUAUACACCGAGACAUUACUUCAGUGUAGAACAUUAAAGCGCAAUCAACGGAUUUUAGAUGCGUUUUUUGAAGAUCAACACCUGUCGCUUCCAUUAGAUGACCGUGUUCAGGUGGAAGCAGUGCUAAAGCAGGAUGAAGAUAUCAGGUUCGUCAUUAAUUCAGGAACGCUCAGUCAUCUUUUAAAUUGUGCCAGCAAUAUGGAAGACCAGUGGACGGUGCCGUUCCGAAUUGAAUUGGUUGAAGGUCGCAAUGUGAUUUUCUUCGCUAAAAAAUUUCCUCCGUUAAAAAUGCUUACCCACGAUAGAAAUGUUAGAGCUCACAAGUAUUUGGUCCGCAGCUUUAUGUCAAUUGUUAAAAAAGAUAACCAUGAGUCAACCGAACAAUUAGAAAAUGAAGAUUCAGCAUGUUCUCUUGCGAAUGAAUAUAAACCAAUAGAAUUCGAUGCUUAUCUUCAAUCAGUUGCUGAAAAACUGAAGUUAAAGCCACACCCGCAUAAAAACAGUCGUCUACAGCUAUGGAAAUUGCAAGAAGGCGAUGAUCAGUAUCGUUUUCUUAUUAGGUCCCGUAUGGAUUGCUAUGAAUCUCUGCGUAAAGUAAAAUUCUAUAUCAAUAUUUCGAUCAAAUUGGAAUAUCAAGCUGAGUUUGGUGCCGAGCAAAUGACGAAGAGUGAACUAAUUCAUGAAUGGACCCGGCAGUAUCUCCGACCGAAUUCGAAAACCCUUCGACUACGGAUUAAUGUCGCAACGCAUGCCAUUAUCUCACAUCAUUAUCUCGAGCUCAAGGAUAUAGAAGAGGAGUUGAAGCGAUCGUAUGAUAUUGAACCAGCCAAUCUUUUUACUAACCUAUGGCAGACCUUAAAGCUUUUGCUGAACUUUCCAAUCGGAGAACACAUUUUGCAGCAUGAUAUCAGAAACAAAGAAACUUUGAAUGUACUCUCUAACCAUGUAUCCAUCAAAACAUCGCCCUCUUUUAUCAAUUUAUCUGACAUCUACUCAAAAGUCGAAUACGACCGACCUGCCGUGGAGUCAUACGAGUGGAUACCCAUUGACAAAUCUGUGAUAACUCAAAUGCAUCGCGAAAAUACUCUUCUUCCCUGCACAUUCCCUCACUGGAAUAGCGUGAAACGUCUUACGUCACGAGAUAAGUUGAAACACAAACAACCUGUUAAAGCGCCACUACGUGUGGAAUCCAAGCCCAAAAAGAAGAAGUCUAAAGGAAGCCGCAUUCGCCGUAAAAUUAAAAAGCGUGAAAAGAAUAUUCAGCAACAGAAGCAGAACAUUUUUGUCACGGAAAUGCAACAUUCGCUGAAUCAAUUUGCUCCAUACGAAGGCCCUUCACGAAAUAAUGGUCCUACAUUGGGCAUGUCGAACAGCAAUGCAAUCACACCGAACAAUAGUUUUCGCGCCAAAGCAGCCGAAGCAUUCGAUUACCAAUCGUACAUGAUGCAAGCCAGUAUGGGAAAGAAGGAAGAUUAAUAAACGCAAAAUCAAUAAUAUAUCACAUUUCUUUUAUUACU